AUGUGGAGCUCAAAGCGUCUCGCACUUGUCGCACUCGUCGCGCUGGCGUUUCGCUCGACUUCAGCGGUGCAAAGCACGGACGAAAAAGAAUGUGAAGUGUGCGUCAAGGUGAUCAACGACCUAAAGAGCACGUACAAGCAGCUCAAGUCGGAGAGUCCAGGGAAGAAAGAGCAGGAGGUGGCUGAACUGGCCGUCACGAAGCAGUGCGGCAAGAAGCUCAACAGGAAAGACAACAAACUGUGCUACAAUCUAGAGCCGAUGAAGUCGGACGUGGCUCGUCAAGUCGUGAUGAACAAGGAGUCGCUCAAGGUCUGCAAGUAUCUCGAACACAAGAACCCGGACUUUUGCUCCAUGCGAUACCCGGUCAAGACGGACGCCAACACCGACUACUCGAAGAUGCGCGUGAAGCAGCUGCGGAAGAUCCUGGGCGACCGUGGCGUCGAGUGCGUUGGAUGUGUGGAGAAGGCCGACUUUAUCGCCAAGAUCAAAGAGACCGAGUCGACGCACUCGGAAUUGUAG